AUGCAGCGCAUUACAUUCUCCACCGCUUCUCGACCCUUUUUCUCUCGAGCAUCCCGCUUCCCAUGCGUCAACACCAAGAGACACCUGAACACAGAGAAGCCGCUUUACUUUUCAGUCGCAAAGUCGUCCGCGAAGGAACCUGCUACGCCCAAGGAGCAGAUCAUCUCCAAGCACCUCUCUGCCGACAAGAAGGGGAGCGAGCUUCUUGACAAGUUGGGUGCUUCUAACAAGGCUGGAUCUACCGUGAUCACCAUUAAUGGCUCGCCGUCGUCGACAUUCAUCUCACCCCUGUCGGCAGCCGCAGCAGCAGAGGCCAACAACCCCAGCAACAAGGUCUUCACCGUCCGCCCCAUCACUUCCUGGAUCGACAAACUCGCUCAACGCCACGGCUCACCCGCCUCAACCUCCGCCCAUGGAAAUGGAGACCCCAACAAAAAGUACUCCAAGCGCGAACUCGUCCUCAAGACCAUGCAGCAGUCUUAUACCGAGAUUAUCCUUCCCUUUGCGACCGAUAACGCUCUUCUGGAAGAGUACAUCAACUAUGGAGGCACCGUCAGGCAUGGAAAGAUCAUGGAGGAUUUGGAUGCGCUGGCAGGUGCCAUCUCUUACAAGCACUGCGAUGACGGCAACCUUGAGAGCUCGCCGCUGACCAUUGUCACUGCCUCAGUCGAUCGUAUCGAUUUCUUGAAGCCCUUUGGCGUCAGCGACUUGCGUCUCUCUGGACAUGUCACUUAUGUCGGAUACAGUUCCAUGGAAGUGUUCAUGAAGAUGGAGGAGAUUAACAAGGACAAGCCUGGUGAGCACGGAGAUACCAUUUUGGUGGCGCGAUUCACCAUGGUCGCUCGAGAUUCCCUGACAGGCAAGGCAGGCCAGAUCAACCCAUUGCUCCUCCAGAACGAUGCCGAAAAGAAGCUCUUCCAAAUGGGAGAAGAUCACAAGGCGAGAAAGCGCCUGGCGGCGGAUACGGCGUUGACAAAGCGGCCUCCAACUCAAGACGAGCGUUUCUUGAUCCACGAUUUGUACCUGGAGUACUCCAAGUACGACAACCCUCAGCUCAAGGUUAAGAAGCCUGAUGAUGUCGAGUGGAUGGCUGAUACCAAGAUGAGCGCCAUCCAGAUCAUGCAGCCCCAGGACCGCAACAUUCACGACAAGAUCUUUGGUGGAUACUUGAUGCGCUUGGCCUACGAACUAGCAUUUUGCAACGCCUCGGUGUUCAUUAAAUACCGACCCACCUUCCUCGCCCUCGACGAGAUCUCCUUCCGCAAGCCCGUUCCCAUCGGCACAUUCCUUGCCCUCGACUCCCAGAUCGUCUUUGCUGAAGGUGGUGACCACCAUUCGUUCCAGGUCAUGGUCAAAGCUGAUGUGCUUAAUGUCCGAAACGGAACCCGGGAGACGACGAAUCACUUCUGGUUCACGUUUACGGAUCCCCAGCGGAGUCAGGAAGAAGGUGGCGAUGCUGGCAAGGGGUAUGUGACACCCAGGAUCAUGCCUAGGACGUACGCAGAGUCGAUGUUGUAUUUGGAGGGUAAGAGAAGGAGGAUGGAGGGCGCCAAGUUGGCACAUCUCAACCGCAAGAAUUUGGGUCUUUGA